GCGUUUCCGGUUCCGUCCCGCUGUUCCUUCCCCCGCUUCCGGUGGGUGACGUGUCUCUUCUGGCCUGGCGGUCGCGGCGGCGCAGUAAGCAGUCAGUCAUGGAUCAAGUGAUGCAGUUUGUCGAGCCAAGCCGGCAAUUUGUGAAGGAUUCAAUCCGACUUGUUAAGAGAUGCACUAAGCCAGACCGAAAAGAAUUUCAGAAGAUCGCCAUGGCAACAGCAAUAGGCUUCGCUAUAAUGGGAUUUAUUGGUUUCUUUGUGAAAUUGAUCCACAUCCCUAUUAAUAACAUCAUCGUUGGUGGCUGAACACUCCUGGAAGAACCUGGCUUCGACUUGGGACCCCGCGGACCGUGAGGCUUCGGGAAAGGGAUGGGCUUUAUUCCCGUAAAUUCUCAAUUUGUGUUUCCCCUACAAACUAUUUUUAGUGUCUGAAUUAAAAAUUCCGUUUUUACCUGG